UAAAGGACAAUCAAAGAAGGAAAAGCUAGCUCUUGAAAAUAUGCGAACCUAGAAGACCCAAGGUUCAUAAUACGCCAUUCUUGCUCCUAAAGCAUUCCUUAAAUAAAGGUAAAGCUGCUAGCGGAUGAUCAUUAUCCGAGAAGUUGGCCUUACCAUUCAGAAAAGUGGGAUUCCUUCUACGAUGGCUCAGAAAACUGUCAUGAAGGUCCAUAUUGCAUGCCUCAAAUGCAAGAAGCAACUCAUCCAGGCGGUGACUAAGCUACAAGGUGUCGACAAAGUUGAAGUUGAUGCAGACAAGGGAAUUUUUACUGUAACCGGAGAUGCAGACCCAUAUGAAAUCAUAGUCCGUACCAAACAAACAGGCAAAUUUGGUGACGUACUGAGUGUUGGUGCUCCUGCUUCUACUGAACAAGAGGGGGACGGGAAGAAGAAAGAAAAAUCAGGGGACCAGAAGGAGCAAGUUCAGACACCCUACAUCCCCCACAAUUCAUGUCUUGUCUGUGAGCGAGUGCCUAUCGUUCAAUUGGGCUGCCGAGACGAACCCUAUCCACCAUGCUCUAUUAUGUGACAUUUCUUUAUCACAUCAUCAACAACAAGUGCUUAGAAGGGUAGUUGAGAGGUUGGGAAGAUGAAGAUGGCUUGGUCCCCGGAAGAAUUUCCUAAUCUGGUAGCUUGGAAGAUCUCCCUUUUUACUGGUGGCGCGUUGCCAUCUUUAGUCUAGCUACUCCUUUGCUUUAUAUCACUUCCUUGAUCAACUUGAGUCCUUUAUUGUCUUCUUUAUGCUUCGGUGCUUCCAAAUGGCCAACUUUGAGAUAACACUCAGUUAUGGUUGCAAAUACCCGAACUAGCUGUAAUGGGUCAAAUUUGCAAGGUUUGCAAAUGGGCCACAUGGGCUGAUAAUAAGUGAUGUGGUUAGUUGGGCUGUUAAGUGUAAUUGGGUUAAUUGUAGAUCUUUUUUAAUUCUGAUAAGAGUUAUUGGAUAAAUACAUUCUUAUUAGCUUUGA